AUGCCCAAAUAUACUUCGAUGUAUUCCGAGGAAUUUCCAUACCCCCAGAAAUUCCUCGACGAUAAUCCUCACGACUACGCAACAUUGAAUCAGAAACACGACGCAUCAUGUACAAUGGUACGCCCGGCUGUGAAAACAGCCUAUUUCUACCAGGAUGGAGAUAUUGACGCACGUGGAAUUCGCAUCGCCAUCCAUCCCAAUCGGUAUCGCAGUCUCGAAGCUCUGCUUGGUGAACUUACUGAAAAAAUGCCCAAACUUGGGAAACCAGCACAAACUGUAAUGAACUCAUCAUAUACGACAUCAUGGGGUACAAAUAAGCUACACCAAGCAAAACGUAUCUAUGUUCGGCUUCGUGGCGAUCAGAAGAGUCAGAAAAUAUGUUCGGCUGGCGAUCAGAAGAGUCAGAAAACAGUGGUUAUUCGGAGACGAUAUGUAAAGAACAUCGAACAGGUAUUGCAAGAAUUGAGUGAGCUAUUUCAGGUACCAAUUAGAAAGUUGUAUACGGUCGCAGGUCAUCAAAUUGAAACCAUUGACGAUCUCAUUAAAGGACCUAACGAAAUAAUCGCUACUGGUAACGAGCGGUACUCACCCAAGUUUGUCCUCAAUGAUAACGUGAUCACUCCUAUUUCUCGUUCACGAUCGGAGCAGCGUCUUCGGAGCCAUGGGACACCUGGAAAAGUGUAUCACUUCGAUAAAAGCCGAAAUCGCAGUCUUGGACGGCUCAUUUCAACAGCAGGUUCUUGGAAGAUCCUCAUCACCUCAGGGGUCGUUGAUGCAGAUACUGGUGACACAUACCUAGCGGCAUGCACUUCAAACAUACUGCUGACGGUAUGUGACAGAUAUCAUGGCUCCCAACCGAUUGUUCUGCGUUCGGCCUACGUGAAGACCCUACCUGCCGAAGUACAUCAUGAGAAAGGAAACUGUCCAAACGGUACACCGCCGGCUAUCCCAGAAAACGCUCCUUUCAAUCCAGGGCGAACGGAUCGAUUUGACACCUCAAAUGUCUGCGUUCGUGGCGUCCACAAGGGCACAAGUUUUUCAAUGACUGGCACAUGCAGUGUCAAGUUCUGCACACCAAACAACAGCGAGCGGAAUGUUGCUUCUGUUGUGUGGGUGGCGGCCUUCCGUACCGAGGGCAGCCUCGGGAUUCUGAUUGGCGAUGCGAUCACUCGGACAUCAAGACAGAGCAGAAUACGGCAGGCUCAACAAACGGGACACAAAUAUGUAUGGGCUAUACUCACAUGUGUGAGGGACAUUUACAAAAUCCGUCUCAGUCAUGAUGGCACGGGAAACUACCCAGAAUGGUUUCCAAAAGAAGUGCGGAUGCAACCUUUGGGAGCGGAUCAUGUGCUGCCGACGCCUACACCUUCAGUCGAUGAGAAGAGACACAGUCGGUUGGUCAAACCACCCGUCGAUUCACUCCGUGGAGUGCAACCGGAGCUCAUUUUUCCUUGCAACAAAUGGUUGUCACGAGUCAAAGGAAAAGGAAGCUUGACGGUGGAAGUUGCCGCGCCCGGAACACAGCUCUUGAAUGGUCGGAGUACGGUAGGAUCGAAUGCAAGGAUACUAAGUAUGGAUCCCUUAAGUCUCGCAGCCUUUGGGGAUAGAGCACCAGUUAUCCGUUACGAAAUUCACGUAACUACGGGUAAUCUUUGGGACGCAGGAACGAAGGCCCAAAUUAGUGUGCAGCUUCAAGGAGAUCGUGGUGAUAGUGGUCGCCGGGUUCUCUAUACGCCUGGAGUGGACCCAAGUACGAACUUCAUCAGGGGACAGACAAGCGUAUUCGGAAUCGACGCCGUUUUUCUUGGUCGCCUUCGACGUAUGACGGUGUGGAUCGAAGCUGGAGAAAAGACAAGUACAACCUGGUACUUGGAACGGAUCGUUGUGAGGGAGAUGCUGCUACCUUUUUCUUCACCGCAGCGAAGGAGUUCCGAUAGAAAAAACCAGCCAACUCACGAAUUUCAGUCAUCAAAUCACAGUGUCCUCCUGGGUGUCAGUUGCUUUCCUUGUCAUCAAUGGCUGGGGCUGACCCCAAAACCAGGUACGCCUGAGAUUCAACUGACCGCGACAGUAGGUUCCGGCGCUGUGACGGCUGAUAUGUUGGAGCGCAGUGUAUCACUAAACCAGGAGGAAACCUGGUGGCAACUUGAACAAUGGAAAUUCCGUCCAGGCAACGCUGUUGUCUUUUACAGUUACGCAACUGGUGCACGGAUGCGGGUAGUUGAAGGUGGACGAAUAGAGGCUCAUCAGCUCGAUGGAAAAGACACUGUUGACACAAGCGGUACCGAACCCUUAGAGAAAUUCGGUCGACUGGCAUACGGAACAGGUGACCAAGUUAGCACAACCUAUGCCGCGCGAUCAGUUCAGGUAUCGUUGGCACUCCCUUUCUUGAUGGACCAAGUUUCUUUCGAUCCUGAAUGCUUUGCAGUUGAAGUGAUAGGCGGGAAAUUUCCAUCCACUUCCAAAAAAGCCCGAAAGAUUUCGGCUCAUUUCCCCUCCAACGAGACCUUGUUUCAGAAAUCAGGAAGCCUAAAUUUACUUGGUUGA